AAUAUAUGUAGUUUAUCCAACGACAAGUACUUCUUGUUACAACGUGUAAGAAGAAUAUUAAACAAUCGAAACCGCGAUAUGGCAUCACGACGAACCACCGGAUCAAAGCGAAAAUUGUUUAAAAAUACGAAAAGGUGUGCAACAAUUAUUCGAUUACUCACUAAAUAUUUGCGUGCAAUUUUGUGUAAAUUGAGAAAUUUAAUUAUUACUGUUACAUAUUUUCCAACUUUUAAACAAUUGACAAGCAGAAAUCGAAAAAUGUUUCGUAUGUAGUAAUAUAAAAGAAAAAAUAUGGACAAAUCUGUGGUAAAUCAGUUCACCUCCUACGUUGAGCAGCUACGCAAUACAGAAUGCAGCCAAAAAGAGAAAAUCACCUGUUUCCAACAUAUUGCCGAGUGCAUUAUGUCUCCAAUGCUAGCGAGCCACAUCAACUAUGCCACGCACAUCAAUAUGGCUACCACUGUCUUGCUGUUAUUUUGUGAAGAUCUUGACCCGGUGGUACGCAUGAAUGCUGAAGAAAAUCUGAAUCGCAUAUUUCGAGCCUUGGAAAAAACACGUGUCAGUCGUAUACUAAUGGAUUUGUAUGGAGAGAUUAAGCGCAAUGGCAACCAACGCUCCUUGCGUAUAUGUCUCAAUCUAUUUGCUUACUAUGCACCUCAAAUAAGAGAGAAAAAUAUAAAAUGGUAUGCUGUACGAUUGCUACCUUGCUUGCAAACAAUAGCGCAACGUAAGGAGACACAACUAUGUGAAACGUUAUGUGAAUUUGUGAAAAACUUUGGCAAAUACUUACAAAUGGGUCUAACCGACAGUGAAUCAUGUAAAUUAUUUGAGGCAUUCAUGGCAAAUAUUGGCGUCGAAUGCGCAGUGAAACGUCGUUGCUCGGCACAAAAUUGCAUCAGUCUGAUUGAAAAUUCGCGCAAUAAAAGCUUAAUGGCCAAACAUGGACUUAGUAAAGCAUUUGAAUUCUUACUUUUGGAUCAACAACAACACAACGUGGUCGGUGUGCUUGGCUUCUUACGUUUGCUCCUGCCGUUAAUCAUAUAUGGAUUCGGCACUGAUUGCACGGACGAUGGCGAUGAUGGCCACAGCACACAUACACACACGCACACAGCAGGCAAUAAGGGCAAAGCAAACAGCAACGGUACUCAGCGAAGGUGCACUGGUAAAACUACAGCAGCAGCAGCAGCAGCAGAAGCAGAAGUAAAAACAACAACAACCACUACGACAACAACAACAGUGCCAAUCAACACCGAAUGCAGGCAAAUUAUUGAAAUGUUCGAUUAUUGUUUGCAUUUGUUGAACAUCAGCACUGCCACUCAACAUUCCAUCAUAAAUGCCGCACUUGAGGUCAUCAAUGCAGUAUUGCAGGCAAUUGAUGUUGCAAGCAGUAACAGCAGCAACAACAACAAUGAUAUUUUAAAAAGUUUGCAAGCAACAUUGGGUAAUCAACAAUUGCAACAUGCCGAGUAUCUGCGGCGAAGGAAAUCAUUAAAGAAUCAAAUAUUCCAAUUGAGAAAUUAUGAAGUGGCAGCCACAGUCACAGCCACAGCCACAGCUACAGUCCCAGCUUCACACCGAGUGCUGUCGUCGAGUGCCGAGAUGCCGGUGCUGUCGAUUCCCAAAUGGGAAAAGGGAAGUGUUGGAGUUGGCACACUGACUGAGUCAACUGGUAAAGAUGACGACGACAGCGAAGGUGAAGUUGUACUGCGGCGAGCACCGAAUAUGCGUUUCACAGGUCGCAGCGUCAGUGAAUGUGUUAUUGACGAAGAUGAUGAUGAGACGCAUAGGACCGCAUUGUCAACAGAUUUAGUUGCCGCUGCGCAUACUAAUGUCAAUGCCGUAACGGAUGCCAUCACUGAUGCUAUCGGGGGCGAGGUCUAUGCUGAUGGUGUUGUUGGUGUGCUUGUCGAUUUGGAUGACGAUGACUUUACAACACUUUCGGAAAUAAAUGAACCACAACAGCUGAGGGCGUCGACGGCUGUAGCAAUGGUGCCGCCAUCCUAUGCGCUCGUUGUUGAUAAUCUGAUUGAUGCAAUCGACGCGCCGACAACAACAACAGCCGAGAAGGCGGAGGAGGAGAACAAGAAGGCCGCCAACGCCCAGGCCGCAAGCAACACCAGCUGCAGCAAUCGUACUAAUAUUAGCGCUAUGCAAACAAAAAUUCAAGGCAUGCAACCGCAAAAUGAACAACAACGACGACAACAGCAACAACAGCAACAGCAGCAGCAACAUCACAACGAACAACAAAUGCUUGAAAGACAGGUAUAUCCGCAAAAUUUGCUUACUGCUCCCUCGCAAAUUGGAACAGUUGGCUUUGGGCUUGGCGUUGACGUUGACGGCGACGGUGCGGGUAUUGCGGGUGGCAGCGGUGAUGACAAAUCACAACAUUUGAGUGACAUCGACAAUGAAUCCUUCAAUAGCAUUGAUUUUGAGGCGGAAAUCACAAUAGCGGGCAUGACUGGCACGGCGGGGCGGAGCAGUGCGGAUGCAUCACCAACAACAGCCACAACAACAACGACAACAGCCAAUGUUGAACGUAAACCGGAUGAAACUAGUGCCGCUGCAGCUGGCGACAGCGCUGCCGGCAACAAAUUGAGCAGCAGCAGUGACACAAUUGGCUCGUUCUUUAACAAUUUGAUUUCGAAUGCAGCUUCCGAGUCAGUGAGCAAACUUUUUCGUCCAUCUGCGGGAGCCCGUGCCACACCUACGAAAAGUGCGCCACCGCCCACAGCAAAGGAUAAGGCUGAAGUAACUUCUAUUACAUCGACCGCGGUCAGUACAGCUCCAGCCGAUAGCAUUUCUUUGAUAUCGACAGCAAGUAGUUGCAAUAAAAUGCUAGAUUCGAGUAACUCUGCAGCUGCCGAUCCGCAAUCUGAUUCCAUACACACAUACACGCAUUCGAUAGCAAGUUCAUCGCUCGGCUUGCACGACGAUACUGUGUCCACAGCGUUGUUGGUCGAUAACAGUUUGCAUAGUGCAGCUGAAAUUGAUGCUGAAGGCAUGAGCGUUCAAGCUGAGAAGGAGGAAGUGGAGAGACGCAUACCGAAUGUUAAUCCCUUCCUCACUGAGAAGUCUUUAGCACAGAAGACCGCAAACGGCCAACUUUCGUUGCUCACGUUGAAAAUCGGCACACUCUUCGAACAAACCAUCAUCCGCUACACUGCGCGGCUAAUAGCUGCACGUUUCCUACUCACUGGCCAAGCGAAUGGUUUGCUCAACGACACCCAAAUACGCAUUUCCAUUAAGAGCCUCUCGUUAUCGGUGCUCGCGCAUUGUGUACGUUUCGAUCCCGAAGUGUUACAAUUACCGCUGGAGAUCACCGAACAGGAGCUCUUAUUGGUAAGCCAACAAUUACCCUCAGUGAACGCCACAGCUGCAGCGCAAUCGUCAUCGAAGUGCUCCAGUGUCAGCGUCAGUCCACAAAGUGACGAUAACGUUAGUGGCAGCAGUUCAAAUUUGGGUAAAGAUUAUGAGCAUCUGGAUGCCGUGGAUUUCAUCAAAAACAGCAAUGUGCAUACACCAGUUAAAGGCCCAGCAGCACCCACCAAAGAUUUACCAAUCAAAUCCCUGCCACUUGAAAUAAAAGACGACCACUUCGGCAAAAGUACGUGCGAAUAUUUAUACAAUCCCCCGCUGGAGUUGAGCAAAAGCGCCGAUCCAGUGCUAAUGUCACAACAGGUACGCGACACAGCCAACAGACAGACCAGUAAGCAACAGGCUCUAUCGAAAUCGGAAAUUAUUGAAUCAAAAUCGCAGCAGCAACAACAGCCGCAGCGUAAGCCACCCUCUUCACAGUCAUCGCCUUACCGUGUGACGGAAUGUGUGGAGGACACACCGCCACAAAUGUUGCCACCGCGUCCGCCGAAACGCACCAAAUCGCAACGAAAAUCAAUUGCUGCCGCAACGGCCACUGUUGCUGCUUUAAUGCAAAUUGAUGAGCACAUCGGCGGCGUCGGCCGUACGAUGCCAGACAGCGCCACCGCAACAUUACAACACCACCAACAACAGCAACUCACAGAUAUUCUACUCUACUACAAUCACCCGGAUCCGAUGUUGCGUGGCGGUGUGCAACAAAUUAUUGGUGGAUUUCUGCAAGCAGUGGGACUAAAGGAUUUCGGUUUAAAUUUAAAGCUGAAUAUACAACAUCUCUUGGCGAUGCUGGUGAAGGGCCUGCAGGACGACAUCCACACAGUGGUCAUACAGGCGUUGAAUGCAUUCGAGAAGAUAUUUCCGUGUGUGGUGUCCAAAUAUUUGAUAUUGCCAACAGCGUAUCAUCAGCAUAGUCAGCAGCUACAACAACAGCAACAACAACAACAACAACAACAACAACAACAAGUACAAGCGAACUACACUCAAAGCACGACAGCCGAGCCGGUUGAAGUUGCUGAUAAGAGUGGCAGGAAAUGCCAUGCUAAUGCCGCUGGCCAAGUGCCACAACAACAGCAACGACAAGAAAACACUAACGACGCAACAAAAAGUAGCUAUUACACACACGCUACCAGCAGCAAAUCGCCAGCAAUGGCCAAAUUAACUUCAUCCUCCUCUGCUGCUGCCGCUGCUUCAGCUUCUAAGACAUGUCCUCGAGUGCUUUUCAACGAUAAUGAUGCGCUUAUAGCUGCACUUUUGAAUGAUUUUCAAUUGCAAUCGAAGUCGAAUCGUAACGGCAUUGACAAUACAACAAACACAAAUGAUACCAACACUCAGCCACAGACUGGCAGCAACACCAGCAACGCUCUUCCUCCGCCAGUCGCUUUUCGCAUUUCACCAAAAUUGCUGUUGAACAAACUUCGUCUGUGCCACUACAACAAAUAUUGGUUAGUUCAAAAUAAAUACGCUGAAGUUAUUUCGAAUUUAAAUUAUGCUGCCUUACAUGGGGCAUGCAACGAUUGCCAUGGCUACUGCUGUGGUGGCUCAGCUUACUUGGGUUGUGUGUGUGACGCUGGUUGUGGCGAUGAUGGUGGCGAUCAUGGCUUCGACGAAGUGCUGGUAGGAAAUGCCGCUGGCGGUGGUGAUGGUGGCAGCGUCUUCGAUGUUGCUGCUGUUAACAAUCCCGUUAAUGCCACAUUGCCCGACGGCGCAGGGAAAGCUGCACCAACAACGACGAAUGAGACGGCCAAUGUUGGGGAUAUGUUGUACAAUAUUGCGGAUGAUAGUGUCUGCAUAUACGAGUCUCAAUUUCUGGAUGAACUUUUGCAAUUGAUCGGCGACGAUGAUUUCCGUGUCAGAGAAAAUGCCGCUGUUUGCCUCUGUCGUUUCAUCAUACAAAAUGCAAAACGUAAACAACAACAGCAACAGCAGCAACAGCAGCAUCAACAACAAAACAACGAAAUCUACACUGCCUCACCUGCAGCGUCGACCAAUAAAAUCGACAACCAAUAUUCAGGCGUCAGUGCCUUUGGCGACGACAAAUCGCUCUCACCGGCCACCUAUGAAACUAAUUUCAAUUUGCUUUGGGAUUUUUUCGACUACCACCUCUUCAGCGGUCUGCCAUUGCAGUUACGUAAUUUAUUCAGAGCCGUGUCAGCGCCAUCAUUGCCGCCAACAACGAUAACUGCCGCAGAAGUCACAGCUACAGCGGCAGCCGCGUCGGCUUUGGUUGGUGACUGUGCCGGUGAUUUUUCGUUUGUACUGCCACAACGCCAGCGCAGGGAGGAGGAAAAGUUGUUGGCUAAAGUUUUGUAUCGCAUGACAAAUAAACUGAUGGAGCUGGAGGAUAAAAAUGCGCAGUUUGGCAUAAUUUACACACUGAAAAUGUUACUAGAGCAUUUCAAUUUCAUUGAUUACCAACGUGCAUGGAUGGAAUUUAAUUUCAUUGAAAUCUGCCAAAGAUUCUCCUAUUACAAUUAUGCCACAGCCGUGGACUUGGCUUGCCAGAAUGAUUUGAUUGAUGUUACCGGCAAACUGUUGGCAGGUUACAUACUCGCCUCCACACUGUCGGCGGAUCAACCCGAACGCCCACUGCAAUUACAAUUGGACCAACUCUUGGUGCACAUAAUGAAAAUACUCAAUAUUUACUAUCAUCUCAUCACACAACAGAAACCGCAACUAUUCGUUAAAGUGCAGAAAAGUGAUAUUUUCGUAAAUGCCAAGGAGUUGGCGCUGGUGCAGAGCAAUGGAUACUUCGGAAGCGAUUACAUUUAUAUAAAACUUUACAACAUUUUAAGAAGUGCUAAUGACAGCUACAAGAUAACGAUAAAUCAAGAAUCCGGCAGGUUAUUAAUUUCGCUACUCCGGACGUGCCUCAACGCUUUGAGUUUGUGCAUUGAAUUGCGCGCGCACACACACCACGCACCCUUGCCAGCAGGCACGCCCACCGGCAGUCACACACCCAGCCAUGUUCACGGUGGUGGUGCAGGAAAACAACGUGGCAGCAACAGUCCCAACAGCGGUGCGGCCACCACGGAAACAACGCCGAUCCAUGGACCUAACCUAGGCGGCAGCGGGCAGAGCGUCGGCUCGCCAACAGUGUUUCCAAGCAGCGCCAUUCUAAAAUUAAUUGAAGAAAUUCUCCAGUAUUUGGGCAAACUCGUAAAUUAUGCGCCCGGCGAGUGCAUCGCAUGUCUGCGGCAACUGUUGAAAUAUUUAUUUGGCCAAAAUUAUGGCAACCAGCAGCGAGAGUAUUAUGCCACAUUCAUAAGACCGUAUUUUGUGGUGCGCAGCAAAGGACAACAGCUGCAACAACAGCAACUACUCGCGCGCCAGCUGCAGCAGCAGCAUCUAACGCCACAAAAACAGAAGCAGCAAAAAUGGUCGGCUCAUAAUAACAACAAACAACAGCAACCAGAGACACAGUGGGGCGCGGGCAGCAGAAGGAGCAGCAAAGGCACGCAAGGCGGUGGCUCGGUCGGCGGUGAGCACCAGCAGGCAAUGACCGUGUUGCAUGCUAUAAAUUCUAGUGUAACAACAACACCACCAGCAACAACAUCAGUUACAACGCCCGCAGCGUUUGGAGUAGUAUCGAGUGCAGCAGCAACAGCAGCAUCAUUGAGGGGCGCGGCAGGCGACGGUUUGUCUCCGCCGACAACGACUACGUCAACUGUCACACACAAUGAGGCAAAUAUAAUUGGUACACAAGCAACUUAUGCGAACCCUGGCCAGGCGCCCAUUGACUUUGGUCAUGCCACUGUCAGUGGCGGUGCUGCUGUUGCAAGUAGCAACAACCUCAAUCAGCUGCACUUGACUUCUACGGAAUAUUAUCGUUUGAUGGGCGAAUUAUUUGCGAGCGGCCUAAAUUUGCAAGUUACCACGAAGUCGGAGCGUGCCAGCGAGUGUGUCAAGCAUAUUAAAUUGUUUGAGCCGCUGGUUAUCCAUUGCCUUAUGCUAUUCCUCAAAUCGAACGCACGUGUCCAAGCGCCCAUAUUGGAGUUGUUGUCGCAGCUGCUGGAACUCAAUGUCACUUACAGUGUGUUGGACUCGAAAAAUGUAAUAUUUGAUCAGAUUUUAAACAAUUUGGAUUUAAUUGAAAAUGGCAUAGUGAGAAACGGCUCAAUUAUCAUUCCACCAAUGAUAAAAUUCCUCAUCCUGCUGACGCACAAAAGUGAUCGCAAACUUAUAACCAUACCAAAAAUCAUCAGCAUCACAAACAAUCUGCUAGCCAACAACGCAGUACUGGACUGUGCUGUGCUCGCGCUCAAAUCACUCGCCUACGAGAUCUUCUUCAUGCCACCAGUUGGCGGCAAUGCAGCACUACACACGCUCGCAGACUAUCGUGCACCCUUCCAGAGCCCGGUCACACGGUCGCCCGUGCAACAACGUCGCCAUGCCGCUGAAGAGGCAGCCGCAGCAGCUGCAGCUGCUGAAGCAUUACUGGCAAGUAGUCGAGAGUUAGAUACACAAAAGGAGGUUGUACUGGGCAUGUUAGAGAAAUUCGUAGCUGCCAAUGAGUUGCAACGUGUUGUUGGUUUGUUACUCUUGCGUGAGCGUUGUGCUCAGCAAAUGGAGAGACGCGGUGAAGGUUUUGAUGUUGACUCCGCGGAAAAACAGAGUAGUGGUUGUAAUUUUGAGUCAACGCUAUUGCAGGAUCCAAGCGUUGUCUUUGCCUUGGUAUGCCGCGCUAUGUGUGAUGGACGUUUGGUUGUGUACAACUGGCGAGAUUUUCAUCUGCUUGAGUCGUGUUUCAAGAAUUACAGUAAAUAUGUGUUGGCAGACAGCAAGAACUUCCUGGCUUUGUUGCAACUGUUUCUAACCGAGGGCGUAGAGCAGAACUUUUCCGCUCUGGCGCAUGCAACGAUCAUACUGGCGAAUGUAAUUCUUAAAACUGAGGAAAUUUAUUUAGUAAAUCACAUCAAACUUUAUUUGAAAAACCAUCCGGCGGUGGAGGAGCGCGAACGCAGCAGAAACCAGCAGCAGGAACAACAAAAAGCCGCACACUGGCUGCUGGACGGCCCUUCGACAUCUACAGCAGCGGCCCGUGCAGCCGCCUCAGCCUUCGGCAGUGCUGCGACGUCAAGUGGCAGCAUAAGUGAAAUUAACUAUUUCGCAAAAGUUUUAUGUGAGAAACUAGAGAAUUGCCUCGACGCUGUCACAGGCAGUGCCAAAACCACUACCACCACCUCCAACGCUUGCGGCGAUAUGGCCUACUCCCUAUUGGUGAGCCGGUUUGUAGCUGCUUUGCAUGAGGUCUGCUGUCGUUCUCGCCAUAAGGACGCAUUGCAAUCGGUUUUUCGUUUGUUACUAGCCGAAUCGGCAUUACUCGAUAAGUACUGUAAUUUCCUGACGAUGGAUCAGCAGCAGACAGAGAAGAGGGGUGCAUAUGUUGGUGCGCGAACAGAGGCGGGCAACGUUGAUGAUAACAGUUCUAUUCAACCUCCGGUGAGUUGUGUUUUGGCCGCCACUGGGCAAGCGUUGCAACUGCAGUUGGAAGUCUUGAAACUUUUGUCGGCCAUGAAAUUGUUAGAUCCGGUGGUGAUGUUGCAAUUGCUUAAGCAACAAAAACAACGUGCGUACCAACAACAACGAGGAGGACAACGUGAACUGCAAAUGGUAACAAAUAAAGAGCGAGUAAAGGGGUAUGACAACAUGCAGAGGACACUUCUGAGUGAAAUUUGCCAGCAAAAUUCCGAUGCGCGCGACUGGUCGGUGCAACAAGUGCGUCAGCUGCUCGAGUCAGGUGGUGGUGCAGUUUUGAAUUUCCUAAUUACAGAGAAUUUUGCAUUCAUCAGUGAUUUGUGUGAAGUGGCAGCUGGCGAAGUAGAGACGUCGGGCGCCGUAUGGUUAAAUGCGUUGCUGCAACAUGCUAAUGCGCUAAACAAGCAUACAAUAUAUGCGCUUCCACCGUUUCUAUUGAACUUAUGCAAUGCCUCAUGCAUAAACGAAAAUUACGAUGUGGAAGUAGUGUUGCUGAGCCUCCAACUAUUACACCGCUUACACUCACGCAGCAAGAACUCUCGCGCUCUGCAGGUGCGUUUGGAGCGUGUAGCGCGUCGACUUGUUUUCAAUUGCAGCUCAGCAAUGGUCAAGAGGCAGCAGCUAUUGAAGCAAUUGAGGGAAUUGGCUGGAGAACGACUAACGGCAAUGGAGGAGGGCGGCUCAUCAUCAACUUUCUGGCAGCAGUUGUUGUUGGACACUCCAGAAUACAAACUGGCUGCUCAGCCAUUAGCGGAGCAGAAGCAAGAGGAACAGCAGCAGCAGCAGCAGCAUCAGCAGCAGCGCAUAAUUGACGAGAAGUGGCUGUUGAGUCAGUUAAUUAAAUUCUCCGCACAAUCGGACUACGGUGCCGAACAAAUCUCACGCAUUUUACUGGAAAUACAAUCGGAGCAAAAACUCUACAAAAUAUUCAACAGCAGUGAGUUCGCAGUGGCGCGUGUGUUGCGGCAUGCAAUCCGCAGCUCAAUGGAGGCGAUGUUGGCCGCGUUUCGCAACAACUGCGUACAGCAUAAUCCACACAUUCACUACAUGCAGCCGAAUCCAUUAGUGCGCGUUACACUCGCCGUCUUGAUGACGCGUAUUAGCACGGAAAUUGCCACAAGCAACAACAGCGCAUACAACAGAAAUCUACCGAUUAUGACGAUGGUCGCACCAGCAGACGCAACGCCCUCGUUGGAGGAGAUGGAGCUGGAGGUAUCGAGCUCGGCAGGUGCACCCCAAGGGAAUGUGCUAAGCGCUGACGGACUUUACCUCUGUGACGCCGUUACCACCUUGUUGGAGUGCAUAAAGACAGUGGAAGACAAGGCGCUGCUGUAUAUUGAGUCCAGAUUUAUUGAUAAGUUUGUGCGCGAGCAAGUGUUGCGUGUGGAGCAUGUGGCAACACUAUUGGGCUUCUUGGAUUGGUGUUGCGUACAAGCGCGACAACAAUUACUUCAACAGCAGCAACAACAACGCCAUAGUAGUGACCAACAACGGUCAGUACUUUGCUUGCUGCAGUGCAUUGCGGCUUUGUUGCAACAACGCUUCAUCUGGACGGAACUUAAUCAAAUGGAAAAGCCAAGUACCGCAACAGCAACAACAACGGGUAUGGGUGAUGCUGCACCGAGCAUCGGCAGCCUAUUAACGCCUCAACAACGUAAUUUAUUGUUGUGUCGUGUAUUGGAUGUCUUGGUGGUGGCCGCCAGGCAGUCGUUGCAGCACACAAUCUUCUAUAAACACUACAAGCAACUAGCAGUAGCCACCAGCGGUGUCGGUGGUGUUGGCGAAGAGCUCACCGACAGUGUAACCGAGAAUAUCUUCAAUGAUCUGUCUGCAGCUGUGGCCGCCGACAAGUUGGAGGCGAACACUUUGCUGCAGCAUUCAAGAGACAACAUAGCGGAAGUCAAUGACGUUGCUGUCGGACGUCUGUUGCAAGCCUAUGCCCCGCAGGCUGUUUUCAUAGCGAAAUUGAUAGAAGUGCAUGCCAAUGAGGGUAUGAAUAGUGGCGCUGUAAGCCUCUCAGCCAGCUAUCUCACGGGUACUGCCGGCAAGGGUGGCUCAUCGCUGAACAACGUGGGCGGCGGUGCAUUGGGUGGCAGUGGUGGUGGUGUUGGUAUGUCGUCGGUUGGCGCAAGCGCUGUGGGGGUUGCUGCUGCUAACGGUACACAAGGCGUUUUCGACGAAGGCAGUGGUGCGAAUGGCAUACAAAUACCAAUGGACAUUUUGUCAUUGAUUGGCGUCUCGGUCUUGCGUACGCAUCAGUUCUAUGCUUAUGCUGUAACCCCUUUUGAGAUUAUACAACAACAACAACGUGAACAACGCAUAGAUCAAUUGUCACCAGCCAAACGGGCUGGUCAAACAUCUCAGGCGACAUCUUCGGCAGCAGCUACGUCAGCAGCAGCAAGUGGCAAGCUGCCAACGAUACCCGUAGAGAGUCUCAGUGAUGUCGAUAUUUUGCGGAAAUUCGUUAAGAGAUUAUCAAUUUUUGGCUUCACCACACGCCAACAAUUCGAAGAGUACUUUAUGACAUUCCUACUAUUAAUCAAUAAAGUUUACGACGAGAACAUGGUCGACGAGCAGGAGCAAUUUCAAAUAAGAUCCACAUGUUUGGAAGCGAUUUUGGAACUUUUAAUUACGUAUAAAACUUUUCCAAUUGUGGGCAAUAAACUUUCGCAUUUCCAUCAUACGACACGGUGGACUCGCAUUAAUUGCGACAGCAUUAGCCUUAAAAAGUUACACAAAGUGCAGUUACUCGUCUCCGAAGCGAACAUUUUCUACCAUCCCAACUUAGAGCGCGAGCUACGCGCUGAGACUGGCGCACACUUCAAUUACGCUGCCUUCGCUUGCCGGCUGCGUGACACUGUCAUUGGCACUAACCAAUUUAGAGUCAAUCAAUAUGAUUUGAAUUUUAUGUGGCAACAAAUGGAACAAUACUCCACCAACAGCAACAACAGUGCAAAUGAAGCCGAACUGGCAAGCGGCGCCAGCGGUGAGGGCCGAUCAACAGAACGCCGUGGUACAGAUGCGUCGAUGGUUGGUGGAGGCGGUGCGUCACGUUAUAGCGAGGAUAUAGCAACUAAGAAUUACCGUUACUUUACAGCACAGUCAGGCGUGGAUUUCAAGAGUAGUACGCAGUUGAUUUUCGAUGUGCUAAUGCAGAUAAUUGAGCACAAUCACAUUUUGGUCUUACCAAAUCUGGUUAAAUUCACUGAAAUUUGCGAGAGUCGUGAUCAAAUCAAAUGGAUUAAGGAGAAAGCUUUAAAAUUGCAAGAGACAAUACCAAUGGAUGACACAAUUUCACAUCAG